CUCCCCCCAAUCACCACCUCCCCUCUGAGCCCCGUUAAUUACAACCUUCACUUCACAGAACAGAGGUUGUCCACUUAGGCUGUGGAUAUACGAGGAGAACCACGCUGUGUCGUGUUCCAUGAUCUAUUCUACCUCGGUCCAUGUGCAGUGUACUUUUCGGUACAGCAUCCGAGACCCCGGACCACUUGAUACACCCGCCACCGCCAACCUACCGAGGCCGCGACUCCCGCCGUGCGCACGUGUAGGAAGGCGCGGGACGGGCGUCCGACGUCAUGUCGUACGUCGGGUGAUCGCGACGGCCCUUAGCAACGGGUCUGGGGUGUUGCUGCUGUUGGAACCCUUCUGUGCCUUGGGGUGCACGGCUGCCGAAUAACAGAGCGAGGCUUUGGCUCGGCGUGGUGUGAGUGAGGGUCUUGCGGGUAGGAAAGGUGAGAGGAAAGUGGGGCUUAUGGUUCUAGUCCCACCAGCACGGUGUUGUCCAAUGUCGGGGGAACUCAUCAGGUCAGAGAUAUCUGUGGAGGGGAAUAAACAUUCGACGUUUAGCGCCGAGAGCCUUCGUCUGGUUUCACAGUGACCAGCCUGGGUUGCGACCAGCCCCGGGUGCUACCAGCCAUUGACAGAGCUGGAAAACUGGUGUAGGUACUUUGCUGGGUCAAUUCAGAAGGCAGAAACCUCUACUGUACCUCAUGAACACUACAUACCUCAUGUUCUUGAGCAACACACAAAAUAUUGGAGGAGCUCAGCAAGUCAGGCAGCAUCUGUGGUGGGAAUAAACAGUCGACAGUUUGGGCUGAGACUUAUUAUUAUUUGCUCUAUUUAUUUAUUUUGUAAUUUACAGUAAUGUUAUCUUUUUGUACUGCUGUCUCAACAAAUUUCACAUCAUGUAAGACCUAUUUUUGAUCAGUAACUGCCCCGUCCUGUGGAGGAAAUCUGAUUGUGGCACUUAUUGAUACUGAGAAGAAAACGUAAACCAUUGGAUUAAGUCCAGCAGCAUCUGUGGUGGCAAAGAGAUAGAAAGUUGUCGUUUCAGGCUGAAAUCCUGCAUUAUUAUCUUGAGUUUGGUAAUUACAUAAAUCAGAAAUUAAAAUGAUAUUCACUUAUGAAUAUGACAUGAUUGUAUUGUUAAAAACAGGGUCUAGCUCACUAAUGCCCCAUAGGGAAGGAACUUUGCCAACCUUCUCUAAUCUGGCCUGAAUGUAGGAGCCGCAGUAAUAUAGGCUGGCUCAUAAAUAUUUUUGAAUGGCUCAAAUAGAGUAAUUAAUAUGAACUUUGUCAGGAGUGGCCAGAACCUACAGGUGAAUAAUAAACAAAAUAAUUUUGAACAAAAGAAUUUAAGAGCAACAACUCGACAAAGGAAGUGCACUAGCUUUAUGUGCUUGGUUAUCAUUUUGGAGGACUGAUAUUGCAAGAGGUAUUGUUGGGGCUUUGAGAGAGGCUAUUCAAAAUAACCCCCUAUCCUCAAUGAAUUAGAGGGAAUGGCUUGUUUUCUAGCCAGGACACCUUAUUCAGCAUCAGUUUGUAGGAUUACCUGAAGCUGAUUAAGAAGCAGACUCAGCUCCUGUGUGUAUGAGAGAGACAGAAUGGCUGCUAAGUUAUCAAUGAGGCUUUGGAACUUCAAAUAACUGAGGAAAUAGAUGCUAAGCUUUCACUGAGGGCUGACUUGGUUCCAAGCUAUUACAGAACACACAAAUACAAAUUUUAUUUUCCUCAUAAUUCCCCAAUGGAAUAUCACAGUUUAGAACAUUCAGCCCAUUAUUUCCAUGCUGUCUCUUUUAGAAAAUUUCCAUUUCUUUGUUUCUUCCUUGUGGCUAUGGUAUUAAAUUUGUAAAUGACCGUCAGUUUGUAUCUGAGGUGUUAAAAUGUACAAUCUAUAUUCUUAGAAGCCUAGAGGUAAUGGUCCAGCUGGGCUACAUUGAGCCAUGUUUCAUCCUUAAUAUGCCGUUAAAGGAAGUUGGGUGGAAAUUGCGGUUUCCUGUUCAUGCAAUUUACGGAAUUUUUGUUGAGGGCCGUCACUUGAAUGAAGUACCAACUUGUGUUUGGGCUCCAUGGUUUUCUAACACAGCAUAGAUAGUGCUUCACAAAGAGACAACUGAAGCACGAUGAAACCUAAUUAAGUUGAUCAUAUCUGAUGCAAGCUGUUAAACUCUCCUGCUUUUAGACCAGGAUGGCCAAUACAGAUUAUGACAGUGAACAAAUGAAAGGAAGCAUUAAUGAAAAUAAAAUGCAAACAAGUGGAUGCAGGAAAAAUGUCUACACAGAGGUCAGUGUAAGAGAGGAAUCCUGCAGCUUAGUGAAUGAAGCAAUGGCAACCUCAGAUAUUGAGGAUUCCACACUGGAUUUCACUGUCAAACCUGCACACUGUUUUUUAGGACCAGAUUCCAGUGUAGAAGGGUUGUGCGAAAGAACAAAACAGCUAGUUAACGAAAUAAAUAAAAGUAGAAUAAAAGAUCACAAGUUGAUGUGCAACUUUAAGGACACUGUUAUUAUGAAGGUUUCAGAGUUCUCUAAGAAGAUGGAAGAAAGAUUGUUUGAAAUCUACAGCAGUGAGAAUAAAUUGAUCGAGGACGCACUACAGGAGCUAUUGAAUAUCCUGGAUAGAAUCAGAUGUUUAGAGUCUGAACUUAAACAGACCUGCAAUGCCAUGGCCACAGUCUACAGGGACAUGAGUUCACAGUCAGAAGUCUGAGUGGUACUUUAUGACAUGAGCUACUCUGCAGAAUCAGAGUUUAUUUUCUUUUUUUGGUGUACGAGGUAAAUUCCUUUGUGGCCAGUUGGCUUGAUGACUUAAUGUUUUUUUGCAAACCAGUACAGUAAUGCUUUUACCACAAAAUGUUAAAACGUAUACUCUGCUGAGAUAUUAUUUCUCAAACUUAGUUAAUACUCAACAUAGAUUUAUAUAAUUUGUUUGGCAAGUUCAUCUAACAAUUGUAAAAUAAAUUACAGCUUUUGAAAUGGCUUUAGAUUAGUUUGUUCUCUUUAAAAAGAGAAACAAAAGGGUGGGGGUGGUUGUAUUGAUGUCUUCAUAUAACAUGUAUUAACAAAGUGAAUGUACAUUUAGCAGUGUGCUUACUGUACUGUUUCCAGUACAUAUUCUUUGUGACUGGAAACAGUACAGAAAAGAUAUGUACAUAUGUGGAAUAGUUAGAUAUUUGUUUACACUUCUAGAACACACACAAUGGUAGUAAAAUAGGAUAUUAUGGGAGAUAACUCAUUUUAAAUUAUUUUAUUGAUUAUGCAUUCUGCUGUGCUUUUUGCAAAGUUAAUGGAUAGGGAGAAUUGGCCUGUACUUGGGAGAGGGGAAUGGGGUGGGGAGGUGGAAUCUCAUUGAAACCUACUGAAUAUUGAAAGGCCUUAACAGAGGAUGGAGACAAUGUUUCUAUUAGUGGGAGAUCUAGGAGCAGAGGGCACAGCCCAAAAUACAAAAAUGUCCCUUAAGAGAUGAGUAAGGAAUCGCUUUAGCCAGAGGGUGGUGAAUCUGUGUAAUUCAAUGUCACAGAUGGGUUUGGAGGCCAAGUCGUUGAGUACAUUCUAAGAAGAGGCUGAUAGGUUCUAGAUUAAUAAGGGUGUCGAAAGAUUAUGGGAAGAAGGCAGGAGAGGGUUUGAGAGAGAUAUGAUCAGUCAUGAUUAGAUGAGUAAGGAAUCGCUUUAGCCAGAGGGUGGUGAAUCUGUGUAAUUCAA